AUGCUCCAUGGGCCGCCGCACAUGCCAACCCCACAUGCUCCUCUGGCUCGCAAUAGCUGUGUUGCUCAUGUGACUUCGCUUACUUGUGAGCACAAGAGGUUUGAUGACCGUGUGUCGUCUCCUGAUUGCCAUCCCACUGUGGUGUCCUUGCUUCAGGUACCGCACCCAACCCAAAUAUGCAACGAUGGUGCCAAAUGCAACAGGUCCGUGUGCUUCUUCGCACACAGCCUGGAGGAGCUGCGCGUCCCGCCGCACAAGCCUGGCUUUCCCCCUGAGUGGCGCAACCGCCGUCACGGGCGCUCAGGCAGCAUCGGAGCAGGGAAGGAAGUUGCCAGGGGUGCAGCGACCAGCCAGGGCUCUCCCCUGCUGGCGCGGGCGCUGUCUGUCCCUGCAGCACUGCCGUCAGACAGGGGUACACCACACAAGAUGCAGAUGAGCGACGGGACCUGGGGCUCCCCAGUUCGGCAUUUGCCCAGGAUGAAGUCAGUAUCCUGUCCCACAGGCGUCGAUCCUUUUGGCUCCUCCCCCCGCACAAAUGUGCCGCCAACUGUGUGGAGCCCAGGGCUGCUGAGCCCAUUUUCCCAGAUGGGGGGAUACCCGUUGAGUGCUCGGGGCCACAGACGGUCGGUUGAUUCGUCCCCCCUCGCAGAGCAGAGCAACGAGAAUGUUGCUGGAAUGAUAAUGCAGCUUAUAGACUCGUUGUCCCACACCCGCCAGCAGGUUGUGGGCUCCAGCGGGGGAGUUGCACCUGGGCCGGGCAACAACAUGAGGUCGAACUCGCUGGAUGCCGGCCAGCUCAGGGCACUGCAGAUGGCGGCCGUGGAGCGUGCCCUGAGCACCAGGAGCUCUGUGGAUGCGCAAAGCGCAAGGAGCUCAUUAGAGGACCACUCACCCCAAACGCAACGCGGACAGAUGCAGGGGCUGGAGUCUGACUGGGGGAUAAUGGGAGGGGUUGCUGGAGUGGGAAACCAGAUGGUGCCAAAUCAGUGUGCACCGUUUCCGAUGAUGAGCCGCGACGUUGACAUUCCUCCCGGAUUUUUGCUAGAUGGGUCGAAUGAUGGUGGCGACCAGGAGAACGCCAGGGUUGCCAGCUUGCCACAGGGGAAUGAACUGCAUCCACAGGUUGGCGGGGUGUCUCUGUGA